AUGGAUUUGGGUGUGUAUGUAGUGGAAUUUGCUCAGGAUCAACACGGAUCACGUUUUAUUCAACAAAGGCUUGAAAGAGCAAAUGCUAAAGAAAAACAAUUUAUUUUCGAUGAAGUAUAUCAACACGCUUUGCACUUGAUGACUGAUGUUUUUGGUAAUUAUGUCAUUCAGAAAUUCUUUGAAUACGGCACUGAUGAACAAAAACGCAAAUUGAUGCAAAUAGUCCAAGGAAAUGUUAUGAAUCUUGCUUUACAAAUGUAUGGAUGUCGAGUGAUUCAAAAAGCUUUGGAAUCAGUUGAUCAGGACUGUCAAAUGGAAGUUAUAAAAGAAAUUAGCAAUCAUGUGCUUAAAUGUGUUAAGGAUCAAAAUGGAAACCAUGUGGUGCAAAAGAUCAUUGAGAGAGUGGAGCCUCAACAACUUCAAUUCAUCAUUGAUGCGUUUACUAAAGGAGCACCUGACACUGUCUGUUCGCUUUCUUCUCAUCCUUAUGGAUGUCGUGUUAUUCAACGCGUUCUUGAACAUUGUACAGAAGAACAAAAGAGACCAGUUCUUGAGCAAUUACACGAAAACAUCUUUACACUUGUAACAGAUCAAUAUGGCAAUUACGUAAUUCAACACGUUAUUGAACAUGGAAUUUCUUUGGAUCGAGAACGUAUUGUAAAGUGUUUACGUGGUGAUGUACUCAAAUAUGCUCAACAUAAAUUUGCUUCUAAUGUAAUUGAAAAAUGUUUAAUUUGUGGAACAACUGAACAGAAAAAUAUUUUGAUUGAUGAAGUUUGUAAUGAUGAUGGAGCUCCAAAUCCACAACUUCUUGAAAUGAUGAAGGAUCCAUUUGCAAAUUAUGUGGUCCAAAAGAUGCUUGAUGUUUCAGAUAGUGCACAUCGAAAGAAAAUUAUGUUUUCCAUCAAAAGUCACAUUCCUGCUUUGAGAAAAUUUAAUUAUGGAAAGCACAUUAUCGGUAAGCAUGAGUAA